CUCUUCUAUUCAUGUCCAUCGUUAUUCAUGACCAUGGAACAAAAUUCAAAUGUUUUUUGAGUGUUGGUACAAACCAAUCCUGAUUCGUUAUUACAUGGGAUGGCAAAUGUAGUUCAAUACUAUUUCCCGACUCACUUUCAGCGAUGCGAGAGUUUCUAUCAAUUUACCAAUUUGCUUAAAUUUUUCAAAUGUACUUUGGUAUCGCUAGCGUAGUUUCAUCUCAAUUUUGUAGCAUCUGUGAUGCUUUUUUCUCCCCCUUUUUUACUGAAAAACUUUCCUGACUUAACAAGAAUAUAUUUGAAAAUAAUCCACGAAUUUGCAUAACGUUUCAUAUUCACAGCUUUUUACUUGGUAACAGUUUCGAGUGAAUUCUUAUUGAUUGUUUUCCUAAUUUUUCAAAUUAACCCUUCGCGUACACACCUCCAGCCCAAUUUUUUUCCAGAGAUAAAAUACCGGAGUUAACUUGAAACUUGAAAUAUUGUAAGAAAAAAAGUUUUGAUUUUUUUUUCUCACCAUGUCACGUGAUACAAAACGUAGGAUUUUUAUCAAUUUUAUGUUAUUCACGAUUCAAAUGAUCUACGUCAUUCAAGUGUUCCAAAAAUAAAUUCAAAAGACUAACGUUUUUUAACGAUCGACAUAAUAGUUUAUAAAAAAAUUUACAUACGCCUUUCGGCACGUGCGCCUUUUCAAAUCGCAAGGACAAAGUGGGGUAUCACACAUGCAUGCGAUUGGUUCAUUUUCAGAAAAGAUAUCUUUUACAAUAGAAAUCGUUGAAACAAAAGACAAGUAGUUCAGAGAAUAAUUCCAGAAAUAAACUAAUUACGAAAUCUGUAAAUUUCCACUGGGUGAUCUUUUGCGCGUAAUUGAAUUUCAGAUAUUUUUCAGAAAAAAUAAUAUCCGCGAUAUCCCUCACGCGUUUUGUGAUUUUGUGAACAACGUUCUGUGAAAAAAAAAACACUAUUAAUUCAACAUUCACCGUUGUUCAGGGAACCAAGGAUUGCGGUUCUGGUUCUAAAUUAUAUAAACUGUGCUAAAGCCUCAAAACUUUUGGAUUUUUUAAAAACAUUUUUCUGUGACGAAGCCGAAGAAAACGAAUUGAAAAUAAAUACAACCGUUGCUGAGAACUGUAGUUCCGUUUGAGGGUAGUAAGCCUGUCAGAGUUGAAAAAUUCCAGGAUAAUACUGCAAAGAAUUUGCAGCAAUUUAGAGCAGUGGUAAAAAAAAUAAGUUCAGGGAUGCCUGCCGUUAGUGUAUGCGAUCCAAUCGCAUCGGCAAUUCGUCACUCGUUGGAAACAGGACACAGUAAAUCAAUCUUGUCAUCGGAUGAUUUAUCAGCAAGUUUGACCUGUAGUGCAACAAGGAUUUUACAAACCGAAAUACCUUAUGAAGAGACAGAUGGAUAUCGUUCAACAGUGCUGGAUCAUCUCAAAGCAAAGUACAUCGUGUUGAGCUUGCCGAACUCCCUGGAACAAACAGAGAGCUCCAAAGGCUUAACCCAGAAAAAGAAAUUGCUCAAAGAAAUGGGUCCCAGCUUACCGGAACCAAUCGUUACUCUUUAUCCUGCCGAUAAAAUUAAUCUCGGUUGGAAAGGCACAUUUCCUGUCGGAGCUGGCAUGUACAACGUUGGCAACACUUGUUACCUCAACAGUACUCUCCAAGCUUUGUUUCAUGUACCAGCUUUGGUUAAUUGGCUACUUUCUGACUCGCAUCAUACCUCUAAAUGCGAACAGAAUGAUGGCGGAGGGGAGUGCCUUACGUGUGCGGUUGCCAAGACUCUUCAAUUCAGCCACGAAAAGUCGGGUAGUGCGAUAAAACCAUUCUACAUAUGUAACAAACUCAAACUCAUAUGUAGAACUAUGGUGCCAGGGCAACAGGAAGAUGCUCAUGAAUUUCUGCGGUAUCUACUGGAGGGCAUGGAGCGAGCUUAUCUUGCUCGUCACAGAGCAACGAAACUUGACAGUUACUCGAAGGAAACGACUCCGGUCAAUCAAAUCUUUGGGGGCUACAUACGCACUGAAGUCAAAUGUCUCCAGUGUCGUCAUGUUUCAACGACUUUUCAACAUUUUCAGGAUCUUCUCGUGGACAUUAGGAAAGCUUCCACGUUGGACGAGGCGUUGCAGUCCUACUUCAGUCGCGAGGAGUUAGACAACAAUGAUUACAAGUGCGAGGCUUGCAAGCGUCGUGUACCAGCAACAAAGCAAUUUAGUCUCGAAAGGCCGCCAAAAGUUUUAUGCGUACAGUUGAAACGGUUCAGUGUGCUGGGUGGCAAAAUAUCGAGACACAUAGGAUUUAAGCAGACGGUCGACAUGGGACCGUAUUUGCGAAGAGAGCCUGGUGAGCCAGCGAGACAUUUAAACUAUAAAUUAAUGUCGAUGGUAACACACAUGGGUCCUUCGGUGAAUUGUGGCCAUUAUACCGCAGUUGCUCAAGUCUCAACGGGGCAAUAUUAUUCUUUCGACGAUUCUUGCGUUCGUUCAAUAAACCUCGGUAACGUUUUGAACACGAACGCUUACAUAAUGAUGUUUGAAAUGGAAUCUACAUCGCAAAACGCGAACUUUGCGUCUCAAUCAAGCAAAUUGAAUGGAGCGAUAACGAAGACGAUCGCAACAAACGGUAUCAUCGCAAAAUCGCCAUUGAAAUCAAUAUCAUCGGUAAUACCAUCGAAUUCGUGUGAGGUUACAAACGGUUUGACGAAAAAAUUGGUUGAAAGUUCGGACUCGGGAGUCAUGGCGAUCUCCAAAACCAGCAAUGCGAACGUCAAUUCACCGAAUAAAAGUACGAAAUUCAUCGGACCUCAAUUGCCUUCGAGACAUUUGGAAAAGUCGCAACCACGGUUGGUUAUGCACAUUAAAAAUGACAAAGUGUUGAACAACGCUUCUAGUCUCGUUCCCUAUGAUGGCUCCAGCGACGACGACGACACCACAGCUAAUUUUGCCACAACGUUAAAGAGUCCGGAAUCACAGAAUUCCACGGUGAUGAAACAUUGUACUGGCAAUGGAACUAACACUUUGUCAAAGAUCAAUCCUAUCAAAGAGACUUCAAAACUUUUGAUAAGUUCGAAGGAAAGUUCCUCGAAAAAUUCGAAGAACGGCUUGACGUCAAAUUCUGGAAACUUGAAACAUUCCGGACAGACUGCGGUCAAUUCGAAGACGCAAAACGGCUCAAUCACCUCAGCAACAAUAUCCGCGACAACUCCUUUAACGAUCACCACGACUACCACGUCGACAACAACUGCUACCACUGCUAGUAAUACUGAUAAUGGUGUUACAAACAAUUUGACGAAGCAUCAAAAUGGAAAAAUCGAAACCAAUGGCAGGAACGGCGAGGCCAAUGGCAAAGACAAAUUACAUCCUAUUAGAGUCAAAACAUGCAUUGCAAGCGAUGAUAGAAUCUUUACUAAAGCAGCUGCUAGCAGUAUAAAUGGAUGGCAAGUCUCGAAGGACGCACCAUCGCCAACUUCUGGUUCUACGCCGAACGGAUGGUCCGUAACUGACAACAAGGAGGGUAAAUCAUUGAAUUCGAAUACAAAUGCCCAAACGAUGAGUGCAGCAGCGCCACGAAAUUUCAAUGGAACCAAUCGUUCGGAGACGGUAUCGCAUUUGCUGAAGAUGUCAAACCGUGGUUACGGCACCUCAUCGGUCCCGAACUGGAAUGGAAACCGAUCUCAUCUAGGGCGAGAGGUUGACAACGAGAGGCGAGAGGGCCGCAAGCGACACUUAGAUCCUGAUGAGGAUGAAAUAGAUCGGGGAAGGAUAAAGAAAAUAAAAACCCGUGGUUAUGAAACCGAACGUUCAAAUCCCGGUUACAAUCCAUUCCAAGAAUACCAUAACAGCAAAACAUGGAACAGAUCGUCGGGCGGCUGUUUUCAUCGACAGCGACGAUUUUACGACACCUCAAGUGGAGGUGGCAAUCGUUCGCGUUACAAUGUAGGAAGUUACAAGCCUCAACAAAAGCACAGACAUUACAAUCAUUCGCGCGAUUAUUGGCAGCGCAGAUAGAAAACGAACGAUCGUUUAAGUCUCAAAAGCGGAUAUGAUUCGGACCGAACAUUUCAUCGUGAAAGAACAAAGUGCAAAAAGUGAAUCGUGCGUUGAUUCUUUUUGUUGCUUUCUUUAUAUUAACGUGCGAAUAUCGCUCGGACACUUCCGGUUUGGUCGAUCCGGGACGUCCACGAACUUCCGAAUUUCACGAUCGUUUAUCGCGAUCAAUGAACGAUUAAAUUUCCAAAUUUGAUGUUCAAUUUAGUAAAACUCUCGUUGGAAAUUCGACGGAAAUUUUUUGAACAGAUAAUUAUUGCGUCAAAUUCGAAGAUCUCGGCAUUUCGAAAAAAUUUUAUGAGAGCUGCACUUUGGGUUUCAACGGCUUGGAAUAUCAUGGUGCAGUUUCGUGCGAGUUAUGCCAAAAUGAAAGAAAAAAAAAACUUAAAUCAAUCACGAACGUUCGAAGCGAGAUCAAGAGUGUUAGAGUUCGCUUCCAUUUGUAUAAAGAUGCGGAACGAGCCUACGGUUAUCUCCAAAUCGCGCGAAGCUUCCAUUGUUUCUCAGUCGAGUCUAAUGAGAAUUCUGCUAAAGAUUAAUAGAAAUCGAGACAAAAAUCAUUUGAUAAUUUGAAAAGAAAUCAUACCAGGGCAUUCAACACCAAACUAACGAAAACACGAAUUGUCUCAAAUGUGUAAUUUUAAUACUACCGUUCGAGGUCACUGCGACUGUCAAGGGGGCUCGGUUGAAUCAAAGACUAAUUUUCCAAAAUCACUUUCGAUAGGUUUGUCUGAGAAAUAUACGUUGAGUAGGUUAACUGAUACAGUUAUCGUUUCAUAUUUUGUCCUGUAGUCAUAAAUGAUCGAAAUUGAUUUGAAAAAACCGUUUUUGAUUCAAACCGGGUCGUGUACAGCUAUAGCUUUACUCUGUAGUUUUCACAUUCGCGACUCUCGUUAACCAUUUUUCAAUAUUCUUUUUCAACAAUUUCAUUAACAUUCUUUGAUCCAACAACUGAAUAAUUUUGAAUAUUAUAUCCAUCGAUCAUUCGAAUUUCAAGUUUUCAUGAAUUUUAUCGAGUUCAAAGGUUUUAAUCAUUUCCAUCAUUUUGCAAUUCAACAAAUUUAUCUACCGGCAUAUUUUUUUCUGCACGUUCAUUGUUGGUUCAAUAUUUAAUGUCUUAGUCAAAAGUUAUAAAAAAAUUAUCGAUACCUAUCUGUCAACCGAAUGGAUGGGUUAGGUAUUAAUGAAUAUUAUUUAAUAAACAAUUAUUAAUCAAUGGACGAUUAAUUGCUGAUACUUAAUUGAACGUUGAUUAUUAAUUAAUUCGUAAUGAAAUGUUAAUUAAAUAAUGCAAUAUUUAAUGAAUUGCGUACAAUCAUCAUUAGAAAAGGAGAAUGACGAAAAAAUGAUUUUCGAAUGAGAAAAUCAUGUUUGCGAUGAAGAAAGAACCAAACGUGAUCUUUUCAAAGCCUUUCUUACACGUUCGACAUCGGAGUAUUGAAGUUUUACAGAAAACUAAAAACAAAAGCAAAACUUUCAAACUGAUAGCAAAUAAAGACUCAAAAACACGAAGUUCCUGGCAAUUUUUUAUUCCAAGAUCGUUUGCGCUUUUUCAUUUUCAGAAACGCAAACGCAAUCCGUCCUCUGUAAACAUGAUUAUACAAGCCAAAACAAUAGUACGCAUGAAUUGAGAAAAAAAUGAAAUGAACAAUGAAAACGCUGUUUUUUUUUAAUACUUCAAUUGCCUAGACAACAAUGAAACCCGAGUUAAAACUUUUCGAGGAAUAAUUUUUUUUCGGUCAUUUACCGCAACAAAUUUCCGUUCAAUCACGUUUCUUCAUUUCAAUCUCCUUUAUUUUAUUAUUCAACGAGGUCAUAAAUUUUGAAAAAUGAAAAUCCCGAACAGAGACCGUUGUAAAUAUAAAAAAUUCGUGAGUCGUGCCCCUCCCCCUGUAAUCAUCCAUAAUUUAAUGGCGCUGAUGAGAAAAAUAAAAUAAAGUGAUUUAGACGAGAAGAAAAAAGAAGUUUUGAAAAGUACAGAAAUGAUAAAUUCACAAAUAGAACAAUAGUCUGAAUGGAAAUAAAAGAAGAGCAAUGUACCGCGAAUAAAUUACAGUGAUUUACGAUGAAUAGAGUUAAGAGACUUUUUUUUAAGUUCGCGUAAGUUCGAGAGACAAUGAGUAAAAAAUAUAUAUAUAAAAAUAUAUAGAUAUAUAUGAAAAUGUGGCUCAUGGAAAAACUCAUAUGAUUUCUUGAGCGUUUAUUCUCGUCAUUAUGACAGUUCGCUAUUCCAGAGCCACGUAGCAUGAUUAAUGAAAUAUUGAAAUAUGAAAAUUUGAGAUUGAUUUUACAAUCUCAGUUUUUUAACGCGAAUCAAACAAUGAUCGCGCGACUUAUGAGUUUGCCAUGCCCGACGCGUGUGUGGCUAAUAAUACCUCGUUAUUAUACAUAUACUACGAAUAAAUAACUAGCCAAAAAGUUAUAUGUAUCGAUCAUUGAUUAGGGAUGUAAAGGACAUAAAAAAACCGAGCACCCAGAGUUCAGAAUUGUAUUUCUCGAAACAUGCUACUUUUUUUCGUUACUACAAUACAGAGAGUAAUGGUUGAUAUCCAUUCUUUGAAAAUUCUAGGUUCAAAAUGAAAUAAAGCUGAAAAUGCUUACUACUGCAUAAUAAAUUAUUGAAUGAAAAAUACUCGGUGGAAAUGUCACGAUAAGAACACCGAGUCAUUAUUAUUUCCUCUGCAAAUUAUUAAGAAAUGUAUGAUAAAUCUUGUUUUUUUUCUUCGUUUUUAACGGAUUUUUAUGGACAUGAAAAUAAAAGUUGAUGACUCUGAUUA